AUGGGUUCGCCUCGUUAUUCGGAAUUAGGACUGUCCCUGGGAAUACUCGAGGAAGAUUUACGUUGGUAUUGGAAGUUAUUAGCAAGCAUCUCAGCUUGGCUUCUUCUGGCUGGGUUUGUUGUUUUCCCACUUGCAAUCGAUAACCAUGCGAACAACAUGCGCGGCGGCCGGUUUGGUUUGACCGCUGCCGCUACGGCUCUUAUCGGUGUUGGCUACCUGGUUUGCGUUGGUUUCUGUUUGCGGUGGAAGAAGAAGCAUUAUCUGGUUGACUUCAUUUUCAUACCAUGCUUCGGAUCAAGCCUAAUAGGCGUCUUUAACGUCGCCUUGAAUAUUCUAGUCAGGCGAUUAACUCCCCUCACCGCCCUCUCUAUUUCAGUUAUCACCAUUUCCACCGUUUCCACCGCCGUAUUUGGAGUUGCAGCAAUCUAUAACUCCCAUAAUGUCGUUUUCGUCCCACGACGUUCUGCCGUCCGGCGGGGGCGGAACGGAGAGGUUUCAGUCGACGAUGCAGAACUGCAACGAAGACAGCUUUUACGGCUUUAUUUACAGCAAGGCGCGGACCAGGCGCCGAGUCCUGAAGUAUCUCACAGCACCUUCCGCAUCGAUCUCCCCGAUGCGGGCUUAGACGCAGAUGAAGAAUUGACAGUCAAACCUCAAAGGCCAUACGAACGUCCCCUACCACCUUCUCCACCACCAGGUUACAAGCCUGGAAGGCCAAGUAACCGAUCACCACCGCGUGACGGAAAUAAUUCUCCUGCCAAAAUACGUCCUCAUCGACAUGAACCAAGAGAGAUGAGACGAUCCAUCGUCGAAUUAGGCGAUCUAUAG